CCGCUACACCGGCCUGCACGACCCUCAGUUCAAGAUGGCAGUAAUAAAUAUCAGCGGAAGUGUCUGGAGUUCAAUACAUUUUGACAACAGUUGCCGUGAUGGCGAUCAGGAAGGGUUUCUCAUUGGUGAAGUCACUUACAGAGAGACAACAAAUAUCAGUGAUUCUCAAAUUAACAGGAAAACAGAAGAAGUGGAUAUAAAUGUCACCUCCCAUUGUCCUUGUAGAGAACCAUUAAGUUUCUAUGAUUCUUCUGGCCAUGUUGAUCAAGUUAAGAUGUUAGCUCAACUCAGAGCAAACUAUAAGAAUGUCAUUGGUUUCUACCGGUUCCGUCGUAACACGAUACUACAGCCUUCUCUCAGAGAGAUCAACCUCUAUCGGCGUCUUCUAGCCAGUCUCCCUGGUGAUCUUCAACCAGCAACCUUCAUCUUAGGAAUCUUCUCUGGCAACAGCACCCCUAAUCUAGCCACUCACUCUUUUCCUUAUCAACUUUUCACUUACAACUACAAUGGUUUUUCAGCGAGAAAGGUGUCUUUGGUAAAUUUGGGAGACACAGCAGAAUCUGAAUACAAGCUCUCACCCGUGCAAUCCUCACUUGCUUCCAACAGUGGUGGCUUUCAACAUAUUCUUCAAAACUACAGCACACAAUUAUUAGGUCCAAAUGAUACUCUAUCUGGCGUUCAGACAGUACGGAACCUGACACAUGACAUCCAUAACAAACUACAGGAAGUAAAGCAGAAAGUGACUGAUACAGAAGGAAGACUAGGGACUCUGAGUCAAGAGGUCAGCGAGUUAAGACGAAGAGCCCAGAGGCAGAAACAUGACAAGGCAGAGAGACAAAGAGUGGCUGGACAGGUCCUCAACACCAACAAUAAUGCAGGUCUUCCUACACUGCCGCCUUCGACAUCAUAUGAGCAACAGUUGCCUAUCACAUUGGAAACAAAACCCACCUCCACCAUUUCUAACGCAUCAUCGUCGGCAUCAAGCGAUUGCCUUGGAUUAGAUCCUAAGAUAUCAGAACAAUCUGCAGAGAAACAUUCUUCUGUAGGAGCCUCAAGACCUGACAACUCCAUGAUAGAGGAACCCAUGGAAGCAAAAUCAUCCGAUCCCUUUGCUGGACUUAUCAAAGACAUGAAACAGAGCCUGUCCAAAAGCAGAUCAUCCAGCGUCAACUCCACAGGGAAGGACAGUUCAUCUAUGGAAGGACCUGCGAAGAGCAGUGUGAACGGAGGGGAUAACAGGACUCUGGAAUCCAGAGAAGCCGAUGGGAAGAGUCUGGAGGCGACUGAAAACCCUGACAUGAACAAUGAAAUGAACGACGAAGAUGAUGAUGAGACACAGAUCCAAGAUGGACAGUACUACAAUGCUACCCUUUCACCAACAUUUUAGUGAAGCAGCUUCCGAGUAUAGAUUUUAUGCGUAGAUGACAUAUUGCAGUAUAGGUAUGUUUGAUGGUGUUAAUGGUUUAUAUUCACUUGGUUCAUGUGCUGUUGUUCUACUUCUCUGAUAGUCUGAUACCACAUGGGCUAAACCUAUUUGGUCUACUAAAUGGUCUAAUUGCCAUUCGGUCUACCCCACAUUUGGUCUAAUACCCACUUAGUCUCAUUUAGUCUAAUGCCCAGUUUGUCUAAUUUCCAUCUCGUUUACUUCUCAUUUUGUUACUUUGGUCAAAUGAAAAUCUUGUUCAUAUACAGGUCAUAAAGACUCCAUGGUGUUGGACCAAAUGAAUAUUAGACAAAUGGGUAUAUCCUAUUUGGAAAUAAGACAAAAUGGUAUAUGGUCUAAAUAACAAUUAGACCAGUUGUAAAUGAACAAGGAUUGGACCAUGUGGGAUGAGACCAAAUUGGAAGUAGACCAAGUGGAUGUAGACCAAUUGGCAGUAACUGUCCAAACACUUGGUGUGGAGAGAGAUGAGACUAAUGGUUUGAGAUAUUCCAUUGAAAUUAUAUUCUAGUUUUGACUGAAAAAUAUUGUGAGCUUUUAAAUUCUUUUUAUGAUGGAUUAUAUAUAUAUUUGUUACAGGGCCAUCAUUGGGGUUUCUCCUGUAGUGAAUGAAACUGUCAAGCCUCAUUACAAGGAAUAAUAAGACAUUGUGUGAUUAAAUUGAUCUGCCGUUCAUUUAGUGCCAUAUUGUGUAGAACAGUGUAUUAAUUAUCAAUAUCUGCCAAGUGAAUUUGGAGAAACUGCAUGAGAUUUCAAAUCGGGUACCGAGGAGCAUUUCAUCAAGCAUCUGAAUCAUGCAACUGUGGACAAAAUCAUUGCACACCAACUUUUUUGAUGGAGUUUAUCUCCCAUCUUUAUGUUGUCAACAAAGAUGUUCAUAAGGGCUGCAUACUAUUACCCAGGCAUAAGCAUGGUUACCUUGAUCAGACACUUGAGUAUUCAAGGUAAUCCUUCCUACCGGGUACCCAUUUACUACACCUGGGUGGAGAGUGGUAAAUGUAGAUAAACGCCUUGUCAACGGACGCGAGAGCUGUGGUGGGAUUUGAAUCCCGGACCUUGUGGUUCAAAGUCCAGAGACUUCUCCAUCAAACCACAACACCUCUACAAAUAAGUGUUGCCAUUUACUUAUAGAUGUAACCCCUUCCUAUCUGGCAUUUAAGAUUUUUUUUCCAGUGAUGAAUCUGAUGAAUCCUGAAAUGCAUAUGAAAAUGGUGGGGUACAUGUAUGUUGCUCAAAAGCAAUAUUACCCCCAAAAUGUGGAUUUUGUCAAAAGUGUAGAUGUCUGUUGCCUGGAAAAUAUUAGAUCCACUUGAUUAUCUGUGUUAUAAAUGCUGCAAGGUAAUAAAUCAAUAUUGAACAAUAACAUGCAGAAGGAGACCAGUACAAAUUAAAAUCCUGAAAUAUGUAUACAUUAUACAGUGUUUCCCAGAAAAAAUUAGGAUGGAUUAUAUAUUUUUUUAGCAUAGGAAAAUUGUUUAUGAAUAUCUGUUAAAAUCAAAAAGAGUUUUGAAAUUUCAAUGCCGAAAAGCAAGAUGGAAAACAAAUUGGUUGACUUUAUUUGUUAAGAUACGAUGACCUUGCAGAAGAAAGAGAUUCUCGUUAACAUUUCUUUUGGUGAUCAAAUUCAUUACAUUCCUUUCACCGGAUCUCUUAAAGAGAGUGGAUGCAGAUCCAAACAUAUAUUCCGCACAGAGUGUUUCUGUUAGAACACAGUUUUGUGACUGGUCAUAGCCUGCCAUGCGUGACUGAUUCACGAAAGAGGAAAUUUCACUCAUUGUAUUUGCGUAAAAUUUGAAACCAAAAUCUGGUGAUUGUGAUGUAUAACUCUGAAAAUGGGUUUUCUUUUUUUUUCUGGGAUGCACUGUAGAAUUGAGAUUUGCUUUAAGCAGAGGCAUCGUAUCUGUUGCUUAAUUAUUACUUAUUGUAAGCAAGGCUCCACACUAACAUUCUUUCUUGGUGGCCCGAUCGGUCCACCAAAAUCAUCAGUUUCAUAAUUUUGGUGGCCCCAAAGCAAAUUUAGUGGCCUGAAACAAUAGAAAACAUUACAAUUUAUCAAAACUUUGGUAGCCCAACCAUUCCACCAAGUAUUGGCUUUUAAAGAAUUUUGGUGGCCCAAUUUUCAUUUUUGGUAGCCCCAGGCCACUGCUAGUGUCGAGCCUUGUUGUAAGUGUUUGUCUGUAAUUACAUGUACAUGGCAAAGUGAAUUUUCCUUUUUAGUACUGAAGGCAUUUUUAGAUGAAAACAAAUGCUCCAAAGCUGGUACCGGUAUUGCAACUAUUUUCAUACGCAUUGAUAACUAUUAUGGGGUAACCAGUGUAAGACAUAUUAAGGAUAAAUAUUUAAUUGUACACCUUAUUUGUUCUUGUACCACUGUGUAUCGACCUAAAUAAAUUUUAGGCUUUUAUCAUGUAUAGAAAAUAAGAUAUUUCAUUCUUUCAACUAUGUUUUAUGCAAAUAUGAGACAUAAAAUUUUACAAGACUCUCUGUAGACUCUGUGGACUCUCUGUGCAUUACCACUUAUUAGUAUUUUUUGCUAUGCAAUGGUUAGAUUUAAAGAAGGCUUACUUUAUUGAUUUCUUGCAGUCACAUAGAUUAACUCUCAUCCCCCUUUCCCUUAAAAAUGAUAAUAAUAAAUAACCCUGCUGUUGUUAGGAAAUAAUGAAGCAUGUAUACAUGAGGUUGUUGAAAUCCAUAAGUGUAUGAUAAUUUCAUAUCCAAUUGACAUCUACUUUAUGAAGUUGUCAUUUUUCAGUGGUAUCGCUGAUUUGAAGACUGGGAACUAGAAGUUCAAUUUUCUUCCACCCAUGUGCAUCUUCAGGUCUAAAAGCUAAAUGUAUACCGUACCCAGUCCAGAAUUAAUCCAAAAGCAUUGCUCAUAGCCUAUAGUGUUUUCCACACGAUUACUUUGCAUAUAAAAUUGAGUUACCAUUAAGGUUUAAGCUAUGUAAGAGGCUGUAGGUCAAAUUCACUUUACCCCUGAAAUGUAUAAAAAAUAUUGUCAGAAUGUCAUUUACAAGUUUCAUGCAUAUACAUGUAGGUAAUUGUUAGAAAGUAUUUCAAGGCUAAGAUCCAGUUGCAAAACAUGAUUAUUUAGGGACCAAAAAUAGACUUGCACUUGAUGAAAGUUUCUUGCAAUGCCCCAUUAGACGUUAAAUAUUGCCUAUGUGAUUGGUUUUACUAGCUUGGCGUUAAUGCAGUGAAAAGCUAUGCUGCCGAGUUCUGAUAGGAAUUUCUUCGACAGAAAAAGAUGUACAUUGUGUGUACAUGUGCCUUGAAUGAUACAAGCAGAGGAGUAUUUUAUGAAGAGAUUUUUUCAGUGAUUUUCACUGACUAAUUUGCUCUCAGCCAAUCAGGUGCAAGGAUUUCAGUAGCUUAUAACAUCGGUCAAUGAAACUCACAGUAAAAUUUCUACAUGAAAUGCUCCUCAACUUGUCCAAUUUCUGUAACAAAUAUAUCAUUAUGAUUAUACAUGUAUGCAUGUGUUGAAAUAUUAUUCUUUUCCAUUCAUAUUAAACUCAAUUCAUUAAUAGAAUGAAGUUACAGUACCAAAUUAGAAUAGUCAGUACAGAGAGCAAAAAGUAUACAUUUCUACAGAAUACUAUAUAUUUGUAAGAUGUUUCAAUGAUGAAAAUCUUGAUAUUUUGUACAUUUUGUCAGUUUGUGUUGUCAACCUGUCUUCUGUCUGCAUAUUCUUGUCAAGAAUGGAAAGGAAAUCUGAAAACAGACUUUCCAACAUAUGAAGCUUUCUUAUAAAUGUACUUGUACCUUUUUCUCUUUUAUGGUGUUGAUGUAGAAAAGGGAAAACAGCAACAUAUUACUUUGAAAAAUCAUACGCAUACAUGCAUGUCGGUACAAAUUUCUACUUCAAUUACUUAGCCAUAGGCUGGCCAAGUGAAUAAAUCUGUUUGAAGGA